ACGCUCGUCUGGCGAAGCGAGGGGGCAGGACCAUGGCCAUCACGCCCCGCCACUACCUGGACUUCAUCAACCACUACGCCAACCUGUUCCACGAGAAGCGCAGCGAGCUGGAGGAGCAGCAGAUGCACUUAAACGUUGGGCUGAGGAAAAUAAAGGAGACAGUAGACCAGGUAGAAGAACUGCGUCGGGACUUGAGGAUAAAGAGCCAGGAACUAGAGGUGAAGAACGCGGCAGCCAAUGACAAGCUGAAAAAGAUGGUGAAGGACCAACAGGAGGCCGAGAAGAAAAAGGUCAUGAGCCAAGAAAUCCAGGAGCAGCUGCACAAACAGCAGGAGGUGAUUGCUGACAAGCAGAUGAGCGUCAAGGAGGACCUUGACAAGGUGGAGCCUGCGGUCAUUGAGGCCCAGAACG